AUGAAACCUCCGCUGCGGCCGCGUCUCCUCCCCUCACGUUUCACCGAUGGCACCGAUGGCACCGGGAGAGCCCCGAGAGCGCCGUGGGGACCCCGGGAAAAGCGGGCGCUGCUGGCGGAGCUGCGGAUCCAAGCUCGGAAUGGUUUCCCCGAACCGCAGCUCGGAGCGCUGAGGGAGCGGCUGCCCCGCAGGAGCGAGGAGGAGGUUAUCGUGGAAAAAGCACCCAAAGCCCGAAUUGGGGACCUGGACAAGAAGAAAUAUUUGGUGCCCUCGGACCUGACAGUGGGGCAGUUUUAUUUCCUGAUCCGGAAGAGGAUUCAYCUGAGAGCCGAGGACGCUCUGUUCUUCUUCGUCAACAACGUCAUCCCCCCCACCAGUGCCACCAUGGGACAGCUCUACCAGGAACACCACGAGGAGGAUUUCUUCCUUUACAUCGCCUACAGCGACGAGAGCGUCUACGGGGCCUGAACCCUUCCCUUUCCCUCCCCCGCCAUUCCCGGUCCCAUUUUUUCCCCUCAUCCCCAUUUUUUUUCCGUUCCCUCCCCUCAAAUAAAAGCGACGGAGCCGCCUCAGAGCCUCUCUA